AUGACUGAACGCCACACCCUCGACUCAUCCAUUGGACUCGCAGGACGCCUAUCACACCUACCUUACGGCACUGGCAAGGCGGAGGAUUGCGGUUGGCAGUCCUCGAGAGACUUUGCCCAAAAUACUUCAAUAUUCAAAGAGCUCGGUCCUCGCAAGACAUGGUUCUCAGCAGCUCCUGCGCGCGUGCCACAUCCGCCGUCUGGAAGUGCGUGGCAGCAAAGCCGCAGACAGCAGAGAUAUCUCUUGAAGAAUCACCCCGAAGCUCAUCUAGGAAACGAGGUUCUCCAUGAACAUCUCCUGGAAGGAAAUUUGCGGCCCCAAGCAUCUGCUGCGGUACCAUCGCGUUCGUCUCUCCUAGCAGUUGGUGAACUUGUCGAUAAGAGCGAACUUCAAGAAACCAUCGGUGCGCCCUUAGUCGCAACGGCGUGCGGCGAUGCAAAUGAUAUAUUUCGCCUGGCGAGACUGGACUUGUCGAAAUGGAAAUGGGACGAGAAAGGGGGUGUUGCCCUGCGCGUUCCGGAAAUGGGUGAUGAGGAGCCAUGUCUGUGGGAAGAAGAUGCCGGCUCCAUUCGUUUACUGAAGUGUAUCGUCGACCACAAGAGAUACGACCCGACGCGGUGGCUUGUCGUCCAAAGGGAAUCUGGUACAGAGGUGUUCCAGCCAGAAUAUCAGAGGAUUCCGACAGCUGCCCCCCGCGACGCGACGAGGGAUCCAUCACAUAUCGCGGCAAACCUACUGUUCCGAAUAUCGAAGCACCAGACCGGUGGGAAUGUCCAUACCGACGUAUCAUUCAAUCCCGGCACUAGGGCCAAUCCGCCCCAACUCGGCAUUGUUGAUGAGCGCGGUUUCUGGAGUGUAUGGGAUAUCACACUCACCAAGUCAUCCAAGAAGCCGGUUCCUGUAAUGAUCAAAUGUGGUCACAUCGAACACGGUGUUUUGAAACACCUCCCCUACAGGAGCAAGCUUGGCACCGAAUGGCACAAGCUCCUCUGGGUUGGAUAUUCUCAGGCCCGCGCGGGGGAGUUGGCAAUGUUUGGCGAUGAUAAAGACACAGUCGGAGCCCAGUCUCGCGGUGCUUUUCCACCACUGGAACGCUCAUCAUUGUUGCUCAUUUGCAACUCAAGUUCCGUCCGGUUGCUGGAUCUCGCUACUGGCUCAUACCUGCCCGAUCUGUCGUUCCUACGCCAGGACAGGCUGGGUUGCGUACUGGAUGUGCAUGCAAAUCUUCAAGAUCCGCAGUACUUCUUUGUUCUGACUACAUCGAGGUUAUUCGUUGUCAGAGUAUACUCGGUGCCUGGGUCGGAAUGGGGCAAACCGGAAACGCGAUGGUCCAUUCUGCUCUCUUCUCCUCAUUUGAGGGACGCACUCGAUCGGACUCUGAAGCUCACCGUCACGCAAGGAGCCAAAUCGGCCGGACAUGUGACUUCUCUGGUGUUCAUCUACUCGACAGAAAACGCUUGGUUAGAUCUCUUCUGUGUCAACGCAUCGAAGAAGGACCCUGACAUGGUUACGUGUCAUCGCGAAACAAUCAAAGCGAGCUGUUGCUACGGCACCUCUUCGGAAAGCAUGGUCCAAACACUAAGGGUUCACCCAGCGACGGUCGCGCUGCCAUUUGGUGACAAACUCACUGAACAUGCACGCAGUCUGGCUGAUCAGCAUGUGCGAUUCUAUCAGAUGACCGCACUCAAGUCAGAUAUGAGUCUCGUUUCGGCCCUCUGCACAUCCUCUACGUCACCUGUCAGCCAGAUUUCUCCACCGACCUAUCGACUGAGCCGUCCCUCAAAACCUCCCAACAAUAAAGCAAAAGUUGCAAAAAACUUUUCCUCGCGUUUCCUGGUCCCAGACGAUCUAGUGGUAGAAAACGAGAUGAAAGCACGCCCAUUGACAACCCAAGAGUCCAAUACAGACCGUACGCGUUUCUCGGCGCCGAGGUUCUUCAAAUUAUUCUAUGAGCACCUCUGUAGUGCUUUCCAAGACAGCCUUCAAGGGGCUACAUCGCCGGAAGACGAUGCCUUUGGCUCCAAUCCUUUCGACGGAGUUCAUUUGGCUGUCGAAGAGGCUCUCGAGUCGGGAUCUAUGUGCGCAGGUACCUUGCUACAACUUAUGCAAGUUUUCAAUGUCCCCAACGAUGUAUCUGAUGCGGCCAGCGAGUGGGAAUUCGAGGUCAAACGACUCAAUGAUGUUGAUCCGGCCAUACAAGUUAUGGACCUUAGUGGGUCGUAUGGCAAAUUGAUGUCUUCUGCAAACACUUCGCUCAAGGAGGCGUAUGCCAGAUUGCUUGAUAUUGCCGCGAGUCAUGGUUCAAUCAGCGAGGCGAACCAUACCCAUGCCGAGACACGAGCCGCCAUGUUUCGACAGAUUGCCUCGGAUAUCUACCUAUCCCUCAACGGUGUGCGUCACCUCAAGCCGGACUCCAGCCAGGAUAAAUUAGAUGCUGCUGAAGACAUGGUCAUAGACAGCCAGCCCACAAGUAGCCCCUACGACACCCAGUCACAAAGGUCUGUCGCAAGCUCUCGAAAAUCACUGUCGCAAGAACCCCAGCAGGAGGAUCCGGCGAUGGCGCUAAUAAAAGCGUACACUGGCACCGGCAAAUUUGUACCUCAAAAGCAGUUCGAGCUUUUAGACAAGUGGCAACUUGGCGCAGAUUCCCAGGAUUACGUCUUCGACCUGGACAGGAGCACCGAGAAAACCCCAGGAAUGCUGAGGAGGGCCAAACAAAUGGCCCGUGAGAGUCGGAAACGUCGACGUGCCGAGACUCUCUUUCAGAUGGCACGCCAGCCAGAACUACCUUCCACACAACCGGCUCCAGAUACGCGCUUCUUCAGCAGCCAGAGAACUCAACCUACUGGAUACUCGAGCCAGCCACUACACUCGGACCCCAUUCACACGAUGUCUCAACCGCUCACGGGAGCUUUUGGCCGAAGGCCGGACAGGCCGCAGAAGAAGGCGAAGAAGCGGAAGGGCGGUUUUUGA